AUUAUUAAAAUGUAUUUUUUCUUGUACCUACAGAAAAAUGUCGACCACAGUGGAACAAUUGCCAGAGAUCCAAAACAGCACGAGAGCGAUGUUCUACCCGCUGCUGGUGCUGGCUUCCAGCCUGUGGCUGCUGUACCGGUGGCAGCAGAGCUCGCGGCUGUACAAGAUGGGCAAUAAGCUGCCCGGGCCCAUGGCCGUGCCGAUAUUUGGCAACGCACUGUUAGCGCUUGGGAAAAGGCCCGAUGAUCUGGUGAACAUCGGCCUCCAGUAUGGUGAGAAGUACGGCAGCGUGAUCCGCGGGUGGCUCGGCUCGAAGCUGAUCAUCUUCCUCACCGACGCGGACGACAUCGAGGUCAUCCUGAACAGCCACGUGCAUAUCGACAAGGCCUCCGAGUACAGGUUCUUCAAGCCGUGGCUUGGAGAAGGCUUACUUAUCAGCUCAGGCGAAAAAUGGCGUUCUCAUCGAAAAAUGAUUGCUCCAACAUUUCAUAUAAACAUCCUGAAAUCGUUUAUGAGCGUGUUCAAUCAGAACAGCAUAAACGUGGUUAACAAGAUGAAGGCCGAAAUGAAUAAAACCUUUGAUGUCCACGAUUAUAUGAGCGGAGUUACUGUGGAUAUAUUACUUGAAACUGCAAUGGGAAUCACGAGAAAAACUCAGGACGAGUCUGGAUUUGAUUAUGCCAUGGCAGUCAUGAAAAUGUGCGAUAUCAUCCACCAGAGACAUUACAAAUUCUGGUUGCGAUUUGACGCUAUUUUCAAACUAACUUCAUUUUUCAAACAACAAAUAAAUCUCCUCAAUAUUAUACAUGGGCUAACAAAUAAGGUAAUCAAGAGCAAAAAACAAACAUACUUUGAAAACAAAUCUAAGGGUAUAAUACCUACAUCGAUAGAAGAAUUGACACGUUCCAAAGAAAACGACGAAACUGGAUUAGCGAAUAACGUGAAAACCUUAGCUGAUUCUGUUUUUAAAGGCUAUCGGGAUGAUUUGGAUUUUAAUGAUGAAAACGAUGUUGGAGAAAAGAAACGACUUGCAUUCUUGGAUCUUAUGAUAGAAUCUGCUCAAAGUGGUGCAAAUAAAAUAAGUGACCACGAAAUUAAGGAAGAAGUUGACACUAUCAUGUUUGAGGGCCACGACACUACGGCCGCUGGUUCUAGCUUCGUACUCUGCCUCCUCGGAGUACACCAGGAUAUUCAAGCUAGAGUAUAUGAUGAGUUGUAUGAAAUUUUCGGGGACUCCGACAGACCGGUCACGUUUUCAGAUACUUUACGCAUGAAAUACUUGGAGAGAGUUAUUUUUGAGUCCCUUAGGAUGUAUCCACCAGUACCAAUUAUUGCAAGAAAACUGAAGCGAGAUGUAAAAAUUGCCACUAACAACUAUGUACUGCCAGCGGGCUCAACCAUAGUCAUCGGAACAUUCAAGGUUCACCGCAAUCCGAAAUACUACAAGGAGCCAGAUGUGUUCAAUCCAGACAACUUCUUGCCUGAAAAUACCCAAGACCGGCAUUACUACAGUUACAUACCAUUCAGCGCUGGGCCUAGGAGCUGUGUGGGUCGCAAAUACGCCAUUCUGAAGUUAAAAGUAUUACUCGCUACGGUGCUAAGGAACUUCAAGAUGGUCUCAGAUAUUCCUGAAGACCAGUUUAUGUUAAAAGCCGACAUUAUUUUAAAGCGAUCAGAUGGAUUCAGGAUCAGGAUUGAACCUAGGAGAAAAGUUCCCACAAGUGCGUGAAUUAUUCUACUUAUUGGUUCUUAUAAUAAUGUUCCUUUAAAUGAUUGAUUGCUAAUUAAUUUGAAUAAUGAGUGUCUCCUUAGUAAAAAGGAAUAGUUUCCUAAACACAUAUAUGUUCCUUAGACAUAGUUUACUCAGAAGGUGUUUCAAUGUAGGUACUUCUAGGAUUAAACGUUGCCACUUGCAAUUUCAUACCUAUAAUUAGGUACCAUAAAAGUUAUAAAUGCUCACUUACCUAAAUUAAUGAAAAACCAAAUUAUACAACAAUACCUUUUGCUGACUGCAUCAGCUCACCUAGAGCUGAUUUAUUACUAUUAUAUUACAUUUGUGAAUUUCAAAUGUAAUUGAUAAUGUUUAUGACUAUUUAAUUAUUAUAUAUUAGGUGUAUUAUACUUAUUUCGAUUUAAGUAGGUAUACUUUAUAUAUAAUGUUUUACUUUACUAGAACUUGUUUUGUAGAUUGGUGCGCUUGGUAAGACUUGGCUAUGUGUACAUUUGUUUAAGGUAUCCUUAAAUAUAUUAUAUUUUCAGUACAAUACGUUCCAUCAUUUUCUGAAUAAACUCAUUUAAUCAUUUUCAUUUAAUAAACAUAGAUAUUCCUUGUUUCUUUUUCCUAAACGCAAUGUAUAAUAUUUUAUUUUAAUCAUACACCGUGCUUAAUAAAAAUGUAUGUACCUAUGUAGUGUUGUAAUAAUUUACAACAUAUUUUAGGAAUGAUUUUAAAGUACCUAUGUAAAACGAUUCAUUUAGAAUUUAAAUUAAGGUGCAGGGGAGAAAUUUCGGCUUCGGGGUAAUUUCAACUAAUCGGAAAUAUAUUCCAUGUUUUACAUUAUUUACUAGAGUGCCAUAUAUGUUCAGACAGCGUACAAUAUGUGUUAUGUGUGUUGUGUGUGACUCUAGUUAAUAAUGUAAAACAUGGAAGAUAUUUCAAUUAGUUGGAAUUAUCCCGCAGUCGAAAUUAUCCCCCUGUACCUUACAGCUAAACAUAAACAUACAAUUCGAUGCCUGUUUGUAUACCUACUUAGAAAAACUAGUAUAACGUAUUGAUGAAAAACGCUUAGUUUGUUCAAUAUUGUUUAUUGUUCGUGAAUAAAAUACCUUAUUUAGUCAUAAAAUGUAUAGGCAGUAGACAUUCUAAUCAAUUAAAUAAUAAAUAACA